AUGUCUCACCACGGGUCCGCGUAUAGGCCUCCGCUACCACCACGGAGCCCUCGAACCUCGUUCGGAGCGUCGUCAAACCCGGAGUACUCAUAUUUCCCUCCGCCGCCUCCCGGUUCUCCGUUCAGCGCAACUGUAUCAAAUGGCCUAUAUGCAAGCGGACCUCCAAUACCUCCUCGACCACAAGGUUUCCAAACUAGCCACAGUCCGUCAAUCGGCGGCCAUCAUGGCAUAUCACCGUCACCGUCACCUUUGUUAGCACCUCCAGGGCACGCCAGGCCAGGGUACUCAAGCUUUCCACCUCCUGUGUCUCCACAUAGAGCACAGGUACUGCAUCAUAUACAUGCACCACCACCAUUACCACCUCGAAGCCAGCUUCAUGCCCAUGGAUCACAAGUGAACGCUUGUCCAGGCUACACGCCGACUGCACCAACGCCAACACUAACCCCGAGCGCACUCAGCCCAAACCAGUUGACCAGCUUCCCGCCGCCUCCUCCAGGGCCGCCAUCGAGAAGGACAACACCGUUGCUAGUGCCACACUAUCCAGCGCCGCAGCUACAGCACUCCGUCGUGGAUCUCCCACCGUCAAGUUCGAGGUCGCAACAGGACGACAAUGGCCGAUUCCGGUCCAAAUUCCCACUGCCACCGGACCCUCCUAUGGAUCCGGAGAUACCUAGUUCACCGCCGCCUGCCUAUUCCUUAGUACCCGAGCCAGGCAGUCAAGUAUCAGUAGUGACAACUCCGGCACCACCAACAAGACAUGAUGAACCAGUGUCGUCUCUAGUAUCUUCAUCUGACGAUCUACAAACGACGCAUGCCUCGGUGUCAUCUUACACUGCUUUCCCCCCGGCAUCUUUCCCCCAAACAGCGCCUUCACCAUGCUCAUCGUCGUCCGCCCUUCCUGCCUUGGUGCCAUCAGUCCCGUCAAUAACUCCGAUCACUGCUCCAUCGUCCGGAACCAGCUCGGUUUCCAAUCCACAAUCACCAGAUGCAUUAUCAUUCUUCCCGCGUGUCUCGCCUAUGAUACACCGAAAAGACCCGAUCGAGGAAUUGAUGCAAUCUGUGAGCAUUAGCUCCACCCCGGCAUCGGAAGCGUCACCAUUCUACCAGCCAAAUAAGGGAUUAUACUCGCCGUUGUCUACUCCAGUAGAGGAACCCCGGCAGCCUCCAGGGCUUGAGAAUGGAGUCAUUGCGCCUUCAAGACCGCCCAAGAAGCCUCUAUCCGAUGUCCGAACGGCAUCUCAACAGGGAUCCGGGAGCCAAGGCUCUCAUACUUCGUCACCUAUUCAGGACACAUCCUAUUUCCGAAUUCCCCGCAAACCAUGUCCAGCCCCUGCUUCAAACCCUUCAUUAGUUGUCACAUCAUGCAUUGAUACUCCAAUGACGUUCGCUUCCACAUGGUAUUCACAUCCUGGUGCCCCUGAGUUCCUGAUAUGCCUACGUUGCUACAUGGACCACAUAUUCGAUACCGGGUUCGCGGACGCAUUUCAGGAGUUCAACUUUGAUGAUGGAAAGCCUCGAGUAUGCCGCUUCAGCAAGCCCCGGGUGAAAGAACACAUCUUCCCUCGGGCUGUUUCGACCUCCUACCUUCAGCCUCUUAUAGACCACAUGCGCCGUCGGCCUGGCAUUCCUGACUGUCGUGGUGCAGAUGGUGUUCUUGGCACCGUCGCUUCCACAGUAAAUAUCAAGUGGUAUAACACGCCAGAUAAUUCCAUCCCUGGUUUCCUAGCUUGCGAAGCCUGCUACGAGGACUAUUCGGCUUGUGCUCCGGGUCUCUCGACCUUCCUGCAGCCACACCAUCACGCACAGGGUCCCCAGGAUACCUGGGCAUGCGACUUCGCGCUACCCUUCAUACAGAAACAAUACGAAGCCGACAGUAAAAAUGCUGAUACCAGAGAUGGAUGGAACAACUUCGCGAUCGAGGCAAAGGCACGAAUAAACUGCCCUCCCUGUGGCCAAGCCAGGAGCAUCAGGAGCCGUGGCAGAAACUGGUUUCAGCCAAUUGCCGGCCCGGCAGGUAUCAUAAUAUGUGCUUCUUGCUAUUUUGAUCAUGUUGUACACUCAGGCGAAGAGUCCAAAUGGCAUGUUGCACCAGGACUUACCGAAGCAAAUGACAUGCAAGUCCGUUGUUCGAUGGGUGGACGGUUUAACAUCCGCCUUGUGAUGGCGCGCGCGCAUGAGGUCAAAGAUUUCUCCGUCUUCUGGGACGCCAUGAAAAAACUUGAGAACCACCCACUGUGCCAGGAUGAAGGCAUUCACGAUGCUCAAUGGUGGACGCUGCCUAAUCAGCCGGAGGAAUUCCAGAUAUGCGGGGCAUGCUAUGACGCAAUCUGCCAGCCGCUGGGCGUGAAGCAAUUUUUCAGGAAGAAAUCAGCACUCUCGGGAGGCGCUGUGCGUUGUUGCUUUAACAUUGCUCAUCCGCGAUUACGAAACUAUUUGCCGAAGCUCCUUGAGAUGUACACUACGCAAAAUCCAACAGCGCUAGUUGAGUAUGCUGCUAUGUAUGCGGCUAUCCCCCCUUGUGGGAGAGACGAGGCGAGAACCAAAGCAUCAUGGUAUGGAUGGGACGAUUGUCGGAUCUGUACCGAGUGUUUCCACGACUUCGCAAAGCAACAUCGCACACUAGCGGAUCAAAUGACGCUGAGAAAUAAAUGGAUCGAGGGGGGUGCCAUGUGCGAGAUGUAUUCGCCACGCAUGAGACAGUUGUACCUUAACUGCUCCCAGAAGACACCUGCUGGCUUGGACGAGCUGCUCCGAAUCUCGAUCCACAGGCGUCAGAUGUACUACCAGACAGUCCCGCAAAUCAAGCAAUUGAUACAGCAGCAGAAACUCGCGCUAGGCCAGCAAAGAAUGCUCAACAGUUUGAGCAGCUUUCAUACCAAUAUUGGACAGCUGCAACAAAUUACACUUGGCUCAGCAUACACGUACUCUUCCCCAGGAGUGGGCAGCUUCAACACUAUGGAUGAGCUACAGGGUGCGAGAUUUGGACAACAGGCCAUGGGAGUCGUGGCUGGAUCACACGAUGCUGUGGGUAUCGUAACAGUACUAGAGAAACAGUGGAGAGCCGUCGAAUAG